AUGAACGACGACAACAUCACCAUCUACGAGCAUGAAAAUGGAGAAACCCAUCUCCGUCAAACCUUCACUGUCACCAUAUUUGGAAUUAGAGUCUUAACCACUGUAACCCGUAAGCCUUCUGUUGUGAGAAAAUGGGUUUACAAAAUCCGUUAUGAUCAUCGCUAUAGAAGAGAUCGUCUAGUGGUUGGUCUUGGUGUCCAAUGGCGUCCACCAAUACCUAAUCCUGUUUCAACUCUUCAACUAUGUGUUGGUCGUCAAUGUCUCAUCUUCCAAAUCAUACACGCAAAUUCCAUUCCUCGAGCUCUGAAGAGGUUUCUUUCUGAUGAUUCUACUACUUUUGUUGGGGUUAGGAAUCAAAACGAUUCUCGUCUUCUAAUUAGGAAUUACAACUUGUUUGUGAAUCGUAUUUUGGAACUUGGAUCGAUUGCUAACCUUAGAGGUGCUUCAAUGGAGAUGUUGGCAAGUGGAAUUCUUGGGUUUCAUGAUAUUAAGAAGGAUCAGAGGAUUGGUAUGAGUGAAUGGGAUUAUUGGUGGCUUUCAGAAGCUCAGAUUCAGUAUGCUUGUGUGGAUGCUUAUCUUUCGUUUGAGAUUGGGAAGAAUCUGAAUGCAUGGAAGUAUGAUCCUUGA